CGUGAUUAAAUGUUCCUUAGCCAAAAAAUGUUAGAAGUAAUCAUUUUGAAUCCUCCGUUUUUGGGUAGAGGAUGUGUGUUGGGGCAAGCUGAUUUUUUUUCUCUAUUCCAUGGUUAGUUUGGUUGGAAAGGAAGAAGAGAAUUUGUGGGUUUGGAAUAGUUGUUGACAAGAGAUGUAAGACUCAGUGCAUUUUAAAGCUUUUGAUUCAUCAACAGCUAAGCACACCCAUGGAGGGUUGACAUACGAUUAGUGGUUACAGCCUUUGUUGAGGAGUUCUAAGGUAAUUGGUGUGCCGAAGGGCUCCCUCAAAAUGCUUCCAUUUCUCUCUACGAAAGCGGAGUUCCUAGCAUUAUUUAUUUAGUGCUUAGAAAACCAAACUCUAAGCUUCAGUUUGUUUCUCUUCUUGAAUCUAACAUCUUUCUCUUCUUGGAUGGACUUAAAGCAGCGUAAAGCUUUAAAGUUUGUCGACCUACGCAUUUGUGCCUUUUGUUUUCCUUGCGUAGUUAUAUGGUACUUUUCUAUGAGGAUUUAGUGGUUUAAACUGAUGAUCUCAAUGGAUUUUUUAAUUGGCUGCCUUAAAGUUGUCUUGGUCAUGUGCGCUUCAUUGUUGAUGUAUGAAGUCUCCUUUGCCAUGGAUGUCACACAUUCAGUUGAAACGCUAAUUGACUCUACAACCUCUAAGAUACAACAGCUUCAGAAAGCAUUUGCUGAGCUUGAAAGUCACAGAGCAUUAACACUUAACUUGAAAUGGAAAGAACUUGAAGAACAUUUCCAUGGGCUAGAGAAAUCCUUGAAGAGGCGUUUUGAUGAGUUAGAAGACCAAGAAAAGGAAUAUGCAACCAAAACAACAGAGGCCCGUCAAAUGUUAGAGAAGCGUGAAGCUUCUAUAUUUGCUAAAGAACAAGUCUCGCUGGAGAGUCUUCAAAAUAAAAGAGAUGCUGCAGCAUUUGCUGUUGCUAUUGCACGAGAUAAGCAUAGGAAGGUGGCAUCAGAAACGCCUUCUUGCCCUGAUGACUAUCAAAGUGGGGAACCAAAAGCGUUAGAUAAACCACCUGAUUCUUUGACUAGUGAAAAUACCUCAGAAGUUGUGAAAGAUACUCAUGAUGAUGGACACUUCGGGGUCAAGUCUUAUCCUCAAUUAGUACAAUUAUGUGAAGAGAUGGACUCAGCAGGGCUGCACAAAUUUAUAUCAGACAACCGAAAGAACCUUGCUGCAAUAAGGGAUGAGAUUCCAUUUGCACUAAAAGCAGCAGCAAACCCAGCCUAUAUGGUCUUGAACUCCCUGGAAAACUUCUACAGUGGAGAAAUUGCAAACUUGGAUGGAAAGAAAAACUCAGAUCUACUGGGUUCACGUCGAACCUGCAUCAUGUUGAUGGAAUGUUUAAGCAUUUUGCUGAAAACUAUGGAUGUUGAAUCUGUUUCUAAAGUGAUGUCAGCUGAAGUCAAGUUACAAGCAAAGAAAAUCGCUGGAGAAUGGAAACCAAAGCUGGAUGCUCUUGAUGUGGACGCGAGUAAUGGCAACUCAUUGGAGGCUCAUGCCUUUUUGCAGCUUCUGGAUACUUUUGACAUUGCAUCUGAUUUUAAUGAUGUAGAGUUAUCCAGGCUCGUGCCAAUGGUCUCCCGUCGCCGCCAAGCUGCUGAUUUAUGUCGAUCUUUAGGGUUAUCAGACAAGAUGCCAGGUGUCAUUGAAGUAUUGGUUAACAGUGGAAGGCAAAUUGAUGCUGUGAAUUUGGCUUUUGCAUUUGAACUGACAGUGCAGUUCCCUCCAGUGCCAUUGCUGAAGUCCUAUCUAAAGGAGGCAAAGAAAUCGUCUUCUCCAGUCAAAUCUGGAAAUGCAUCCCCCACUGCACAGAACGAUGUUAGUGACAGAGAGCUGACCGCUCUCAAGUCCGUAAUCAAAUGCAUUGAAGAGCACAAACUUGAAGAGCAGUACCCUGUAGACCCUCUUCAGAAACGGGUUAUCCAGCUCGAGAAAGCCAAGGCUGACAAGAAAAGGGUGACCGAGGCUACAAAACCUCAACCAAAGCGACCUCGUGCCAAUGGUGUAGGUUAUGUCCCCCUCGCCAAUAACAACAACGUUGCUGACAAGAACUUCUAUGGUAGAGUGACAGAUAGAUAUCCACAGUACAUAUAUGACCGACCAUACAUGUACCCGACCCCCAACGACAACCAUUGCCCCUCCGUCUUCGGUUCGGCCAUGUACAACAUGGCUCCUGCAGCUCAUGGAAACUACUUCGGAAAUGCUUAUCAGUACCAAGCUGCUGGUUAUCUUCACUGAAUCAAAUCAAACAUGGUAAGAUGUGACUGAUCCCUUCGUUAACUGUUUAGAGCAUUAACCCUGAAUGGAUGUUGCAGUGUAUGAACGAAGUUUGGUAGUAAGACUCAGAAACUUACCCAAAAACCAAAAAAGGACAAAAAAAA